UGGGUAAGUGAAGUUAACUUUUGUUUAUUUUUUCAAAUAUAUUUAAUGGCUUCUUUUGACGAUUUUUUUGGUGAUAAAACUCACAUUCCUGAUAGUAAUAUUUCAAGUAAUAAUCCAAAAGAUGCUGGAAUAACUAACACCAGCACUUUUGACAAAAAUCACUCAAUUCCCUCCUCUGAAAGUAAACAAAAUUCAGAAGAACCAUUGAAUUUAUCUCAGGUUAACCAAAAAAAAUCUUCGAUUAAACCAGAGAAUGUAAAGUCGUCAAAUCCAUACGAAGUUUGGCAGAGAAAUUUUACCGAAAGAAUCGAAAGACUAAAAAUUAAAGAGGCUGAAGAAAUUGAAAUUAGGACUAAACUAGCAGCAGCAGAACUUGAACAAUGGCAUAAAAAUCGCAAAUUACAAAUAGAUGCUAAGCUCAAAAAUCUGUUAGAUGAAGAACCCUCCGUAGAUUCAGUCAAUCGCAACGAAUUCAACUGGAUUACUGCUUCAAAAUAUUUAGAAUCAAGUGAUUUUUUCUUAAAAGACCAAUCUGGAGGUCAGAAUCAAAAACUUAUCGAAAUGAUUAUGAAAAAGAAACAAAUUCUUGAAAAAUCGCUAAAUUCCAAAAAAUAGAAAUAAUUAUUUUAAGAUAAAACUUCUUUAUUUUGUAAUAAUCAACAUCGGAUGAUGAAAAAAUCAUUAAAUUAAUGUACUUUAUCCAGUUA